AUAUGAAAAAACAAAGAUUGCAUUCUGGCCACCACCUCGAGAAUAUUAUUUCUUCGUCGGUGAUAAUACGCUCAGUACAAUCAGUGAAAGUGACAGAGAAUUGCUCACAAAGAAGCAUCAUAUCCAUAUUGCUUGUGUAUUUGUUCGAAAAUCAAAGCCACGUUAUACGUUAUUAUUUUCUCAUCCAAAUGGUAGUGAUUUGUCAGAUCAUUUACUCGGUUUGCCUAAUUUGCAUGAUGUUGCUAGGUUUUUUAACUGUAAUGUCUGCUCAUACGAUUACAGUGGUUAUGGGAUUAGCGAAGGAAAUCCUAACGAAAAAAAUAUGUUCUCAGACAUCAAUGCUGUAUAUAAAUAUUUACUAGAAGAUUUAUGCAUCCCAGAAGCAAACAUUAUAUUAUGGGGCUACAGUAUUGGUACCGUAGCAUCCGUGGAAUUAGCGUUACAAGCAAAUAAACUAGCAGGUUUGAUACUUCUUGCACCUAUAGCAUCUAUUUUACGUACAUUAUGUUGGCGAAAGUGUUGUUGGGAUCGAAGUGAACAGUGCGGUCGAUUAACAAAUUGUUUUAGCGAUCGAUUCGAUAUUGUCAAAAAGAUUGGUGAGAUCGAAAUGCCAACGCUGAUAGCUCACGGAGUACAGGACAUGAUUGUAACAAUCGAACAUGGCAAAGCACUGUAUCGACAGUGCCCCGGGGCCGUCCAACCUUUGUGGAUCCCUGAUGUUGGCCAUAACAAUCUUGAAAAUAGCGCUCUUUUAUGGAGUCGAAUUCGAAAAUUCAUAAACAACGAGCUAAAUUCGGAAAAUAUAUGA